CCCCGACAAGAGGAGAAAGUUCACCCGCGAUGCUCCGUUCGUUUCCCUCUGUCUGCGGGUGGUGCUGAACGUUUGCACGCACGCGGACCGGGCGGUGGGGGCUGGGAUACGGUACGUGUGAGAGAACAUAAAGAGAGAACAUGACUUGACGAGCCUGUUUAUUUUCCAAGCGGAAAUUUCCACGUGUUUGCGACAGACACAAGAGGAAGAGUGAGAAGGAUGAGGGGGGGAAGCCUGAGUUUCUUCUCGUGAAAUAAGGAAAAAUGUAUAGGAAAUAGGCCUGUCAACGAACAGAGACUGGAUUUGUACGGUUUUAAGCUAUAUCAAGGAAAUAACUUACUUAUUUCAACCAAGACACAUCUGGAAAUAGUCGUUCCUCGGACGUUCUCUGCCAGAAUUAGAUUGAGAGGCUCCAGGUCUGUAGGUGUAGUGGAGUAGAGGCAUCCCAGGGAGGAGUGAGAUUCUGGGGAUGAGAGGUACCUCCUCCCUCCCUGUCUCCCACAGAGAAUCAGGAGAACACUGGGACUCACUAACAGGACAAAAGAAGAAGAGGGAGAUACACAGAGAGGGAAAAGGAGAAUGAGUGAUGGAGAGGGAGUGCCCUGCUGGGACUUAAUGGAGUUCAUUGGUAGAAGUGUGUUGGGUGUAUGUCUGGUGUUGUCCAGGUAACAUGGCUCUGGUUCAGACCCUGCCUGUGUCUGUGACUGACCACCCCAAGCCUCCCACAAGCCUCCAUUUCGUCACCCUCUCCCCUGUCGUCGGAGGGCCCUGUGGCCCCUUUGUCCCCAGAGCCACCAUGGGUUCCGUCAGCAGCCUCAUCUCUGGCCGGACCCAUCAGGAGCAGCGACACUGCCGGGCUGCCAGAGAGUUCAGCACUAAGCCACGCCGUAACACCCCAACUACCAAUUGUUUCAAGCUCCAGGGUGAUAGCAACACCCUGCCCAGCGGGAGCUCCCUGGAACAACUACUGAUCAUCAACAACCAGACCCAGCUCCAGCCCACCAAGCUCCAGCCGCCGCCACUGCCCACCAAGAAGCAGCCUCGGGCGGGUAAAUCUGCUGGGGCGGCUGGGUGUGUGGCUGGAGGUGGUGGUGGUAGUGGAGGGAAUGGGAACUAUGGGUUUGUGAGGGAGGAGGUGAAUGAUAACCAUGUGGUGACGGUGGGGAGUCCGUGUAGCGACUCGGAGGAGCAGAGGAAUAACCGAGGUCUCAACGGGAAUAUCAGCGGGCCGCCGCCCAAACUCAUCCCUGUGUCGGGAAAACUGGAGAAGAACAUGGAGAAGAUUCUGAUCCGUCCCACCGCGUUCAAACCGGUGGUCCCGAAGAACCGCCACUCAGUGCAAUACCUCUCCCCGAGACCAGGGGGCAACCUCUCUGAGAGCCAAGGCAGCCUCAACCUCCUCUUGCCCCUGUCGAUCAAUGGGAAUAAUGGAAAUACAGUGGUCAAUAACGUGAAUACCGUGUUCAAUAACGUGGUCAAUGGCACUGGGAGCUACGGGAACGUUGUACCUCUGGUCGGCUCGUCUUCUUCCUCAGAUAGCAAGAGGAACUCAUACAGCGGAGGACGCAAUGCUCGCAACAGCCAUUCCUGCUCCAUGUCAGACUCUGGCCGUAACUCCCUGUCCAGCCUGCCCACCCACAGCAGCAAUGGCUACAGCCUGGCCAAUAGCGAGGCCUCCGGGUCUGGUUCAGGGUCUGGGGGGUCCAGGGUGGGCCCGGAUCCUGGGAGAACCACCACCACAAACGGAGGGUCGGGGAUCAACGGAGGUCACGCCCACUCUACCUCCCACGGUCACUCAAACUCGGACAGCGGGCGGUCAUCGUCCAGUAAGAGCACGGGGUCGCUGAGUGGGCGAGGCCAGCCCCUGUCGGACAGCGGGUCAUGUGGGCGCUCGCCCCCGACCCUGGAGGGUUACGAGGGGGUGGUGAGGGAGCUGGAGGAGAAGUUGAGGGAGAGAGACCUGGAGCUGCAGCAACUCAGAGAGAACCUGGACGAGAAUGAGGCCGCCAUCUGUCAGGUAUACGAGGAGAAGCAGCUUCGCUGUGAGAGAGAGCUGGAAGAGCUGAGACAGAGCUGUUCCUCUGAGAUGAAACAGGCUUCACAGAAGGCCCAGAGAGUACAACAGGCCUUACAGCUACAGGUGUUCCAACUGCAGCAGGAGAAGAAGAAGCUCCAGGAGGACUUCUCCUCUCUGCUGCAGGACAGGGAAGAGUUGGAGAGGAGGUGUGCCUCUAUACAGAGAGAGCAGACCCAGCUGGGACCACGCCUAGAAGAGACCAAGUGGGAGGUGUGUCAGAAAUCAGGUGAGAUCUCCCUUUUGAAACAGCAACUGAAGGAGAGCCAGUCAGAGCUGAGCCAGAAGGGCGGGGAGCUGGUGGUCCUGAAGUCCCAGUUGAGAGAGGUCAGGUCCGAUCUCCAGAACUGCCAGGCUACGACCCAAGAGGCUGGGUCAGCCCUACGAACACGCUCCCUGGAGCUGGAGGUCUGCGAGAAUGAGCUCCAGCGCAGGAAGAGCGAAGCCGAGCUGCUCCGCGAGAAAGUCGGACGCAUGGAGGAAGAGUUGGCGCACCUCCGAGAUGCACUGGCCAAUCAGGGAGGAGGUUAUAUUCCUGGAGGCCAGGCACCAGCCACUAAGGGCCAAUGUAUGAGCCUGCCCCUCCCCCAGGGGCGUGGGGGUGUGAGGGGUGGAAGGGGGGGCCUCUGCCCCUCUGUGGGGUACCGAGAGGUGGAGGAGGGGAGGCUGGGUUGGGGAGGGGAGAGUGAUGAGACCAAGGCUCAGAGGCAGAGUGCUGAAGCUGUGCUGGGACUCAGGCAACAGGUGGAGAGGCUGAGGGCAGAGCUGAUGUACGAGAGGAGGAGCAGUGAGGAGCAGCUGGGAGGAUUUGAGGAGGAGAGGAAGGUCUGGCAGGAGGAAAAGGAAAAGGUGAUCCGCUACCAGAAACAGCUGCAGCAGAACUACAUCCAGAUGUACAGGAGGAACAGAGAUCUAGAGAGGGUGAUGAGAGAGCUCAGUCUAGAGCUGGAGAACAGAGAUGUAGAGGACUACGACGUCCACAGCGGCAGCAACGACAUUCACUUCGAGGAGAUCGCCGCUACUGAGAUUUAGAGGGACCAUACAAGGGUGUCCUCUCGCCCCAGUGAGAUUUAGAGACCAGACAGGGGUGUUGUCUAACCCCAGUGAGAUUUAGAGACCAGACAGGGGUGUUGUCUAACCCCAAUGAGAUUUAGAGAUCAGACAGGGAUUUGUCUAACCCCAGCAAAAUUUAGAGACCAGAUAGGGAGUUGUCUAACCCCAGUGUCCUCUCGCUCCCAUGACAAUUAGUACCAGCACCCUGAUUUGAUCUGAUUUCCCCAUCACUGCUACUAAGAGGUCUGCAUCCAAAAUGGAACCCUAUUCGCUAUGUAGUGCACUUAUUUUGGCUAGAGAACAGGUUACCGUUUUAAAUUUGCAUCCAGACUACAGAGGGUGUACCUGGACUUACUCCCCUAACCACAGUACCAGCACUCUUUACUUCUCUACACUCUUAGGAAAAGAUGUGUUAUCGAGAACCUAAAAGGGUUCUCGUCUGUUCCCAUAGGAUAACCCCUUGAAUAACUAGUUUUGGUUCCAGAUAGAACCCUUUAGGUUCCAUGCAGAACCUCAAACCAAAAAGGGUUCAGGGAGCAUCUCUGUCUCAGGGUUGAUUUACUCCACUAGACACUGGGAUGCACCCUCCUCUAGGCCCUCACAGGAACAGCUAACAGCUGACUACCUGCAGUCAGAAAGGACUCCAUCACUUCGCCAUUCGGACUUGAAAGAAGUUCAGGGUGUAUCUCAACAGUUUAAAGUGGUUUCCUUUUCCAGAUUGAGAUUCACCCUCAGACCAACACAUCCUCCUUGCCUUCUCACAUGGGUUUGAUUGCCCAGCUAUAGUACCAGCACUCUAUGGGACGUAUACUAUGACUUUUGACUUGAGAAACAAGCAGGCAUCACUCAAACCUUGCUCAAAUCAGGGCAUGGAAAGCAAUGGGAGUCUCAGAUAAAGGGCACAAAUCUCAGAUCAAGUCAAGUGAAAUCAUAUCUGUAUAUAGCACACAGGGGUGACUACCUGACGACCAGCACAUAAUUAUGACAUCACAAUAAAGAUGGCAUCACCCCUCGACUGUGUUUACGUUUGUCCACAGGACUCAGAGCAAAUGUUCCACUUUUACAAUGUGUUCUCAUGUUAUAUAUACAGUAUUCAAUGGAUCAUCAACUCAUCUAGAAGUAGCAAUUUUAAGCAACAGCCUGGUCUUUUUUGAGUUAUAGAAACACUGGAGUAUUUUAAUGGAAUGUAUAACAAUUCUUGGCACAUAGCAAGUGCAACCAUUCAGUUAUCAACACCGGCUAAGACACAAACUAGGCUACACCAAGAGAAUACAUGGGAUAAUUUUGCACAAAAACUCAUAAUGCUCUUUUCAGUUCUGGACGUGACUGUUCUGUCUUUCUCAUGUAGUUGACCCCUGUGUAUGGACACAGAAGAGAUAGAAGCAUGUAGCAAUAAGAGGGAGUGCAGCUUGGGAGAUCUCACUCUCAUAUCAAAGGAAGAAACAAAUCUCUCUGUCUCUUUCCUGUUAACUAGCACAGACUUUCAUAUCAAAAGAAGAAACAAAUAUUUAUUGGUUAAACCUAAAGCUGCCCGUCAAAUAUAUUGAUGCUGCAUCGGCUGCUGGGACUGUUAUGGAGCCUUCUUGGAUCCAUGAGGUCAGGGGUCGUGCAUCAGGAAGCCUUUGGUGGCACUUUCCCUGAUGGUAUCACAGUGAAAGCAACAAAGCAUCAUUGUCAAACUGUACUGUAGGCCUCCCUCCCUUGUCCUCUCUCACACACUCUGGACUGUGAAUACUCUUCCGAGUAUUACUAGACCCCCCUCUCCCUCCCUCACUCAAAAAAGCCAAAUAACACUUCCUAGUCUUCCUGUCCCUGACUGUGAGACUCCCUCACUGACAUGUAGAUAAUGUGGAUGGCAUGAUUGCAUGUCUUUCCCUGUCUGUCAGAGUCGCUCCAGAUAAUGUAGGGGUUUGUGCUGGACAUUGCAUGAUAGAUUAGCCUAAGGCAUGACACCCCGGUCAUUAUGGAACUGUGACACUGGUUAUAUUAUUGCCUUGGGAGAUCCAAGGGGGAUUGGACUGAAAUCUCUGGUCAACAUAUUGGCAGCCACUAGGAACCAUAUAAAUAUAAUUACUAUAAUGUAAUUCUAUGUCUAUGCUGGUUCUUGAAUAAAUAAGGCAGUCUUCAGUUGUGCUUUCUCAUAAGAAUGGAUUCAACUAGAGGUGUGAUAUUUUGUAUUACAGAGUAAAACAAAGUACAUAAAAAAGAUUCUUAAACAGAUAAAUAAAAAUCCAUAUGAUCUAUGAUGAUGAUGUGUAUAUUUUUUAUAUAGCGCCUGAAGAUAUUUUCUGGUAACACCGGUACCAUUGUGGGUUUAAAAUACAAAGUAUAAUAAAGAUUUCUAUAUAUCUUUGCAGCACCACACAUAUCCCAAUGAGAUGAUCAAUCAGAAUUGGAAAAGGUCUAGAAAGAGUGGAGUGAUCUAUUGCAUGCAUUAAAAUAUAUAUUUUUACAUCAUAUUUUACAUACUCCAUAAUUGUUUGUUGAACAAGCUGCAUUUUGAUUAAACAUACUGUAAUAUAAACGCAACAUGCAAACAGACAAAAAUAUUAACGCAACAUGCAACAAUUUCAAAGAUUUUACUGAGUUACUGUUCAUACAAGGAAAUCAGUCAAUUGAAAUACAUUCAUUAGGCUUUAAUCUAUGGAUUUCACAUGAUUGGGCACAGGUGCAGCCAUGGGUGGGCCUUGGAGGGCAUAGGCCCACCCACUGGGGAGCCAGGCCCAGACAAUGUUUUCCCCGCAAAAGAGCUUUAUUAAUGACAUAAAAACCCCCCCAGACAAUCUCAGGUGAAGAAGCCAGAUGUGGAGGUCCUGGGCUGGCGUGGUUACACAUGGUCUGCGGUUCUGAGACCAGUUGGACGUACUGCCAAAUUCUCUAAAACGAUGUGGGAGGUGGCUUAUGGUAGACAAAUGAACAUUUAAUUUUCUGGCAACAGCUCUGGUGGAUAUUCCUGGAGUCAGCUGCCAAUUGCACUCUCCCUCAAAACCUGACACAUCUGUGGCAUUGUGUUGUGUGACAAAACUUCACAUUUUAAAGUAGCCUUUUAUUGUCCCCAGCACAAGGUGCACCUGUGUAAUAAUCAUGUUUAAUCAGCUUAUUUUUUAUGCCAUGCCUGUAAAGUGGCUGGAUUAUUUUAGCAAAGGAGAAAUGCUCACUAACAGGGAUGUAAACACAUUUGAGAACUUACUUUUUGUGCAUAUGGAAAAUUUGUGAUUUUUUUUGGGGGGGGGGGACCAACACUUUACAUGUUCCAUUUCUAUUUUUGUUCAGUGUAUAUACGAACAUUUGGGAAAUAUCCAGCUUUUAGCCAAGGUUUACAUUGGUCAGCAUGAACCUCUACUGACUCCCCAUCCCGCAUGCGGGAGCUUAAUCAUCGCCUGACACUAAUUAGCAUAACGCAACGGACAUAAAUAUCCCUAGAAAAUAUUCCUAUUCAUGAAAAUCACAAAUGAAAUAUAUUGAGACACAGCUUAGCCUUUUGUUAAUCACCCUGUCAUCUCAGAUUUUCAAAAUAUGCUUUACAACCAAAGCUAGGCAAGCAUUUGUGUAAGUUUAUCGAUAGCCUAGCAUAGCAUUAUGCCUUGCUAGCAGCAGGCAACCUUUUCACAAAUCAGAAAAGCAAACAAAUUAAAUAGUUUACCUUCGAUGAACUUCGGAUGUUUUCACUCACGAGACUCCCAGGUAGAUAGCCAAAGUAAAUUUUUUCCAAAAAUAUUAUUUUUGUAGGCGAAAUAGCUUCGUUUGUUCUUCAAGUUUGGCUGAGAAAUCGCCCGGAAAUUGCAGUCACGAAAACGGUGAAAAAGAUUCCAAAUUAGCUCAAUAAUAUCGACAGAAACAUGGCAAAAGUUGUUUAUCCUCAAGGUGUUUUUCAAAUAUCUAUUCGAUAAUAUAUCUGUCGGGACAAUUCAUUUUUCAGUAGGAGCGAUUGGAGUAAUGGCUACCUCUGUAUUUUACGCGAGAGUCACCCUGGGAGCCAUCAGGUGACCACUUACGCAAUGUAGCCGCCUACGGCUAUUCUUCAACAUAAAUGCGUAAAACUACGUCACAAUGCUGUAGACACCUUGGGGAAUACGUAGAAAGCGUAAGCUGGUUGACAGCACAUUCACAGCUCAAUAGGGACUCAUUGGAACCCAGCGCUUUCAAAAUAUGGGGCACUUCCGGAUUGGAUUUUUCUCAGGCUUUCGCCUGCAACAUCAGUUCUGUUAUACUCACAGACAAUAUCUUUACAGUUUUGGAAACGUUAGAGUGUUUUCUAUCCAAAGCUGUCAAUUAUAUGCAUAUUCUAGCAUCUUGUUCUGACAAAAUAUUCCGUUUAAAACGGGAACGUUUUUUUUUCUUCAAAAAUGAAAACACUGCCCCUAGAGCCGCAACAGGUUUAAUGGUCAUUAUUGUUCGAUGCGAUUGAUCUUUCAUUUGGCUGUUAUCAUCAUCAUUCAUGUCACAUAUCAUUUGUUGUGUUUGGCAUCUUCAGACUACAUGUAUUAACACAAAGCAUUUAAUCCAAAUAAUAUUUCAUAUGUGUUCAUCACAUAGAAACAGAUACCUCCAUCGUAUCCUCUGUAGCAUGAUUUUCAACACAUUAACGUGGAAUAAGUAGCACAGGUGUACUGAACCCCUUUUCACAUCUCACUGUUUUUCAGAAUCCCAUAAUAACCAUUUUCUGUGUAAAUGUCUAACAACGAACGACAUUCUAGUCCUUUACGCAGACAAAAUAUAUAUUUCAAAUGUAGCCACUGCGUCUAGACCAAAGCAACACAUUUGUUUAUUAGUCUUGUUUGUUUUCUUCCUUAGUGUGCAUAAAUAUACAAUUAUAUAUGUGUAUUUAUAGUGUUUUGUUUAUUAAUCUGUGGUGUUAGUCAUUCAUGUAUAUUUUCAUGCUGUAAAUUUCUUCGACAAAAUUACUUUUUAUUAAAAGAUACACAAUGUC